AUGUCCUUGGAGCCACUUUUUAUUCGUGAAGAAGGUGACCCGGAAAUUCCUCAUUCAAUGUGUACAUACCGUCCUCUUGCAGAGUACUCUGAUGAAGUUGCUCAUUAUAUUUCGUCAACGUUCAAUGAAAUUCAACAAUUCAAAACUGAUUUGAAUACCAAGUAUCAACACGAAAAACAUGCACUCACUGAAUUGAAUGAACUAUUGCGUUGCAUGAUUGAUGAUGUCGAGCGACUGGAAUCACAAAAUUCACAACAUGUUACAAAACUAGUUGAUUUACGACAACAAUCGUCCAGUAUUAGUGUCCUUAAUAAACAAAAUGAUGAAUAUAAUCGUAUACAGGCUGAUAUUAUAACAGUUAACUACGAUACAGUUGGCUAUGAAUCAGAACUCGAACUGUUUCAACUACAAAUUAAAUUAUAUCAAGGAAUGAUUGAGGCUGAAAAGCAAUCGACUGGUAACUACAUAUUGAAAUUAGAAGAAGAAUCGAAUCAAUCUGCAUCAACGCUUAUCAAUCUGCGUACAUCCUAUGUAGAAAUGGAACAGAAAAUUGCUAGUUUUCGUUCAACAUGUAAAGAUACAUUCCAACACAAUUACAAUUUAAUAUCAGUGGAUACACCUGAUUUCGCCGAAUUCUGGAAGCUUGAAUGGGAACAAAUUAUUAAGAAAAUACGUCAUGAUUUCGAAGUAUUAUAUGGAGCAAUUCAUCAAGAAACAAUCAGCUUCUAUGAAAAGAAAAGCAAGGAAAUACAAGUUGCAUUAGAACAAAUAACACAAUAUCAACAAGUUGAGCAGGAAAAAUAUGUAAAAAUUCAACAGAAACUUCAGAGACAAUGUGAUGAAGUGCAGAAGAAACUUGCCUAUGAAAAAGAAGUUUUACUAAAAUCAGAAGCAAUUUACUCUAAAUUAGAAUCCGAAUUGGAAAUCAUUCAAAUACAACAUGAAGAACGAUUCGAAGCACAGUCGAAUGAGUUCAAUGGUUUACAGGAAAGUAUGAUAGCAAUGGUGAGUAGUGUCGAAGAAAUGCAACGAAGGUUAGAAAAAAAAUCUGCUUAG